AUGGAGACUUCAAGCUUCAGAUGCUUACCUGAUUUGGGAGUUGAUGACGCCUUAUACUCCCAUCAAUGGCCGGCAAACGAUUGCCAUGUGGAGCUCAGCACAGAGUCCAUUGCCUCUUUAAUCUAUGAAAAUUUCCAACACACUUUCUCUCAGCAGCAGCAGCCGGUACUGGACUUCAAACGGGCCGCGGAAUCUCCCGGGCCGUGGCCAAAUAGGCCAUCCAAGCAGCUAAAGCCCACGACCAACUGGGAUUCUUGCACAGCUGAAAACAUGCUUGUUUCGGAGUACUCAAAUCUCAGCACUAAUCCAUCACUAGGAAUGGUGAAGCCUAAAGAGGAGACAAUAUGGUAUUCUUAUUACAACACCAUGAACCCACCUUGUGAGAGUAUUGCUUCGUUUGGUAACCAGGAUCACUUUACCAAGCCCGGUAAGAGAGUGACUAGCACGGCAAACACGAGAAUGGCGGCCCAAACUCCACAUGAUCAUAUCUUGGCUGAGAGAAAGAGGAGAGAGAAGAUCAGCCAGAGGUUCAUUGCCCUGUCUGCCCUUGUCCCGGGACUGAAAAAGAUGGACAAGGCUUCUGUUCUUGGAGAUGCCGUAAAGUACCUAAAACAACUGCAGGAGAAAAUAAAGGUCCUCGAGGAACAAACUAAGAUAAAGUCGACCGAAAAGUUGGUUUUUGUCAAGAAAUACGAAAUCUGCACCGACGGCGAAAGUUGCUGCACGGAGGAGAACUUUUCCAGUUUUGCCCCUGCAGCCACUGAGCCACUCCCAGAGAUUCAGGCAAGAUUCUGUGACAAGGAUGUCCUCAUCAUCAUCAACUGUGAGAAAAGAAAAGGUGUGCUGGAAAAAGCCGUUGCCGAGAUUGAGAAGCUCGAUUUAUCGGUUGUCAACAGUUGUGUAAUGGCAUUCGGAGAUUCUGCUAUCAACAUAACAUUACUUGCCAAGAAGGAGGAAAGAUUCGCCUUGGACAUGAAGGAACUGAAGAAAAACUUAAGCCGUGCGCUCAAAUUGUUCAUGUGA